CCCAUCUCGCAGACGAACCCUAAACCUAGCAGCGGCGGCGGCGGCGGCGAAUCCCUCAUGGGCUGCGGCGGCGGCGGUUGCGGCGGCCGGCGGUGAGGCGGAACUACGGCGGCGCGGCGGCGGGGCCUGUGAGGCGCGGCGGUGGCUGGCUGGCUGGGCACGGGAGCGAUGGCAGCGGCGAUUUAGGCGACGGCGGCCUUGACCCACGACAAGGAGCUCGAUUGCCGGAGGCCAGUCAAAUGGAUCCUGGAGACGUGCUAUUCAUCAGAUUUCAUUUUGAAGGCCAGUUUUUGAAUGAUGGGAAAACACUUGAAUAUAGUGGGGGAAAAGAGGCCAUGUCAUUUGUUUAUCGCAAGAACUUCUGUUUUUUUGAUCUGGUUCAGAGUUUUGGUAUGCACUGCCAAACAAAGGAUGACAAGAUGUUUCAUUGGUUAUAUCCUGGAAAAGAGAUGGUUUGUGGUCUGAAAAUGGUUGCUUUAGACAUAGAUUGCAAGCAGAUUAGAGAUUGUGUUGCUGUUGGAAGUAUAGCUGAAAUAUAUGUGGAGCUAUAUCCAAAUUCUGAAAACGACGAACACGACAGGGAUCCAGGCAGAGAUGUUGAGCUUCUGAUGGGUCCGAAUGCUAGUAGUGAAUCAGAGGGAGCUGCAGAUCAUUUUGUCGCAUUGGCUACUUGUCCACCUGCGGACAAUGAUUGUGUUGCAAUUAGUAACUCAAAAGAGCCUGAAGAGGAAAAUUCAGAUGCUGCAAAUGAAAAUUCAGAAGAAGAUGAAGACGAGGAUAGCAGCGAGAGUGAUUACUGCCCUGAUGAUGACAUCAUUUCCGAUGAAGAUGAAGAGGCUGUCGAGAUCAACAAGAAAUAUAAAGAGUAUAAGGCAAAGAUGAAGGCUGGACAACUAGAGCACCUUGAUGAUGCUAUGCUGGAUGGUGGGCCUGCAAUAGGGUCAUCAAAUAAGGUGGGGGAGGAAAAUGAUGGAAAUGGUACUGCAUAUGAAGAUAGCUCUGAUUUUAUGAUUCUUUCGAUGAGAUUGGCAGUGAUGGUGAAGUAA